AUGGGUUGCGGAAUGAGCACUGAGGAUAAGGAGGGGAAGGCGCGGAACGAGGAGAUUGAGAACCAGCUCAAGCGCGACAAGAUGCUGCAAAGAAACGAGAUCAAGAUGCUGCUUCUCGGUGCCGGAGAGUCUGGGAAGUCCACGAUCCUGAAACAGAUGAAGCUCAUUCACGAGGGCGGCUAUUCGCGCGACGAGCGGGAGUCCUUCAAGGAGAUCAUCUACAGCAACACCGUUCAGUCGAUGCGGGUCAUCCUCGAGGCCAUGGAGUCCCUCGAGUUGCCCCUGGAGGAUGCGCGCAACGAGUACCACGUUCAGACCAUCUUCAUGCAGCCUGCCCAAAUCGAGGGUGACAGCAUUCCCCCAGAGGUUGGCAACGCUAUUGGCGCUCUGUGGCGCGACACUGGUGUUCAGGAGUGCUUCAAGCGCUCGCGUGAAUACCAGCUGAACGACUCGGCUAAAUACUACUUCGAUGCCGUUGACCGCAUUGCCCAGCCCGACUACCUCCCCACUGACCAGGAUGUCCUCCGUUCGCGUGUCAAGACUACCGGUAUCACUGAGACUACCUUCAUCAUCGGCGAUUUGACCUACCGGAUGUUUGACGUCGGUGGUCAACGAUCCGAGCGUAAGAAGUGGAUUCACUGCUUCGAGAACGUCACCACCAUUCUGUUCCUCGUCGCCAUCUCCGAAUACGACCAGCUGUUGUUCGAGGACGAGACCGUCAACCGUAUGCAAGAAGCCCUGACCUUGUUCGACUCCAUCUGCAACUCGAGGUGGUUCGUCAAGACCUCAAUCAUUCUCUUCCUCAACAAGAUCGAUCGCUUCAAGGAGAAGUUGCCCGUCAGCCCGAUGAAGAACUACUUCCCCGACUACGAGGGCGGUGCCGACUACGCCGCUGCCUGCGACUACAUCCUCAACCGUUUCGUGUCCUUGAACCAGGCCGAGCAGAAGCAGAUCUACACCCACUUCACCUGUGCCACCGACACUACCCAGAUCCGCUUCGUCAUGGCUGCCGUGAACGAUAUCAUCAUCCAAGAGAACCUCCGUCUCUGCGGUUUGAUCUAA